GGUUGUGGAGCGCCUGAUCUGGAGGGAACGUGAGGAGCUGCACACGCAUACCUCCAGAAAACGGGCAACAACAGGAGUUCUGCGCGAGGGGCGAAAUUGUGGGAAGAGGCGCAGGAGAGAGAGAGAGAGAGAGAGGGUGAGUAGGAGGAGGGAGAGAACGCGUCCUCCAGGCGGCAGGAGACAAGAGACUUCAAAGCUAAAAGCCCGUGUCUGCGUAUUAUGGGAGCGCUAUGUUGUCCAGGAAAGGAAUCAUUCCUGAGGAUUACUUACUGACCCGUUUGGCUGAAGAUGUCCUGCAGCCCAAGUUCAAGGCGAAAGCGGGGAAAGCUCGCUUCAUAUCAAAGAGCGGCACCUGCAAUGUAGCUCACACCAACAUCCGAGAGCAGGGUCGAUUCUUGCAGGACGUCUUCACCACUCUCGUAGAUUUAAAAUGGCUCUACACGCUCAUAAUAUUCACCAUGUCCUUCCUGUGCAGCUGGCUUCUUUUCGGGAUGAUCUGGUGGCUCGUUGCCUUUGCGCACGGGGACUUGGACCAAAGAGGAGACGACUUUGUCCCGUGCGUAACGGACAUUCACUCCUUCUCCUCCGCGUUCCUCUUCUCUAUCGAGGUCCAGGUGACCAUCGGCUUCGGUGCGCGGAUGAUCACGGAGGAGUGCGUCUCCGCCAUCAUCAUCCUCAUCAUGCAGAACAUCGUCGGCCUGGUCAUCAACGCCAUCAUGCUGGGCUGCAUCUUCAUGAAAACUGCGCAGGCCAACCGGCGCGCGGAGACGCUCAUUUUCAGCAAACACGCCGUCAUCUCCGUCCGAAACAACAAACUGUGCUUCAUGAUCCGCAUCGGUGACCUGAGGAAAAGCAUGAUCAUCAGCGCCACCGUGCGGAUGCAGGUGGUGAAGAGAACCACGAGCGAAGAGGGAGAGGUGGUGCCUCUGGACCAGAUCGACAUCCACAUGGACAACCCGGUGGGCACCAACGGCGUCUUCCUGGUGUCCCCGCUCAUCAUCAGCCACGUCAUCGACAAGGACAGCCCCAUGUACGAGCUGUCGGCCUCCGACCUGCAGCACAACGACCUGGAGGUCAUCGUGGUGCUGGAGGGGGUGGUGGAGACCACGGGCAUCACCACGCAGGCCAGGACCUCGUACGUGGCAGAGGAGAUCCUGUGGGGACAGCGCUUCGUGCCCACGGUGUCUGAGGAGGACGGCAUGUACGCGGUGGACUACUCCAAGUUUGGCAACACCGUGAAGGUACCGACUCCGUGCUGCAGCGCCAAGUCGCUGGAUCACGCAGGUGGAAUAGCUCGCUAUAAAUUGACCGAGGGCGUCACCUUGCGGGCGUCCGUGAGAAAGCAGCGGUCCUCCACGGUGGUCCGCAGGUCUAGGAUUGAGCGUUGACAAACGGAAGACAAAGGUGUACCUUGCCAGCAUUUUGUAUAAGAACGAAUCAAUCGUGGAGUUAAUGUCAUCCUAUUUAUUUGAUAAAGAAGCAACACAAACACUGAUAUAACCAUGCAGUUAUAAAACACACACACACAC